AUGAGCAAUCACGUCAGUGAUAUACCCGGUAGUCCGGAAGAGAGCUACAAGAUGAUGUAUAGCUAUUUGUACAUGUUAGAGCAAGUGAAUCCAGAAACAAAAACCUGUGUGAAAUUGGAUGAUGCAAGUAAAUUCAAGUACCUCUUCAUAGCUUUGGGAGCUUGCAUUGAAGGGUUUGCAUUUACGAGGAAAGUGAUAGCUGUGGAUGCGACAUGGCUGAAGAACAGAUAUGGUGGUGUUCUAGUUUUUGCGAAAGCUCAAGAUCCUAAUGGUCAUAGUUAUCCACUUGCGUUUGCAGUACUAGAUGGUGAGAAUCUUGCUAGUUGGACUUGGUUUUUCGAGAUGCUUAAAAGUGUUAUACCAGACUCUUCUGAACUGGUUUUCAUGAGUGAAAGAAAUCAGAGUUUGAUCUUCGCUAUAGGAAACGUGUUUCCACAGGCUCACCAUGGGAAUUGUUUAUGGCAUUUGAAGGAAAAAGUGAACUGGCAUGCUUGUUACGUCAACAAGAAUAUAGUCGGACAUAGAUUUAUGGAUUUGGGAAGAUAUUACACGGACAAAUGGGCAAGGGCUUUUUUCCCACGUGACAGGUACAACUUCGAUACAAGCAACAAUGUGGAAUCAAUGAAGAGCGUGUUUAAAGAGGCAACGAGGUGGGCCUUAAUACCAAUGUUGGAUUGUAUCGUCAGGAAAUUCUCUGAUUGGUUCACUCAACGGAAGGAUGUUGUUUGUAGAUUAAUCGAUACAAGACUGGUGCAUGUGGUUGAGAACUACUUGCACGAUCUAUGGGAUGUUGCACAACAGCUAUCUGUACGGGAGCUUAAUAGUUAUGAGCUUAAGUACGAGAUCACUGACAUUGCAGAAAAGGUGUUUUGGGCGAGCUUGGUUGGAAAAUCUUGUACUUGCAAGGUGUGGGAUUAUGAAAAGUUUCCGUGUCUGCACGGACUGACAGCUUACAUCUAUUUCACUACAAACGUUGAUGGCAGCCGCCUUAAUAUCCAUGAGCUGUGCUCAAAAUACUACUGGACGAAACUGUGGGCUUUGGCGUAUGACAUGACACUUUAUGUUGUGCCUGACAUGUCUUAUUGGAAGGUACCGGAUCAGAUCAAGGAGGUGAAGAUCAUACCUCCGGAUCGUAUCACGAGGAAGGGAAGAAAAAGAGUUAAAACUACUUAA